AUGGCAUCCACCAUGUCCUUCACCUAUGAUGGGGCCUUCACCUUCCCUCCCUCCGGGCCUACACUCGCCGCGGAUAACGCCAAAUCCGCAUCACUCCCCUUCUACGUCCCCUCGCCGCCCGGAUCCAAUUACUCUGAGCCGGGUCUCGACUUUGACCUCGAAUCUUUUACCCAUACCUCCCCCGCCUCAUCUUCCCUCCUCGACGACACCUUUGCGUGGGACUUUACCAUGCAGUCCGACCCAUUUGGCGCGGCGGACGUAUCAGACGUCACACCGGUCUUUUCCUCAUCCACCCCCGCGUCAACCACGUUGAUUUCCCCUCAAUCCUCCAUCUCAUCCUUUGCAGACGUACUCGCCACUGCUCCCUCCCUUUCUCUCGCCACCAUUCCGUCCAUCGCCCCUGCGGAGACGGCCGAGGCGCUGUCAAACCAUCACCUUCAGCGCUACCUUCACUACAAGGCGCUGGCGGCCCAAGCGGAAGCAGACGCACGGGUCAAAGCGCAACAGGAAUUUGACACUCUCCUCGCUCAAUACUCCAUGCCUGUCUUCCCCUCGGACAACGGUAUGAAACCCGACCUUGCACCUUCUGCGAUGCUCGGCUACCCGUCCGGCUUCUCCUCGGACGCGGGGCAGAUCUACGCGUACAACCCUCAGGAACAGGCGCACCUGGCGAACGCUCAGGCCGAGGCGCAUCUCCAGGCGCACGAUGUCGCUCUGGCUCGCGCCGAGCAGCAACGGGCGCAGACGGGCUACUGGGUCGCCGCCACCCAGAACGCCUUUAUCAAUCCCGCGGUCCCGACCCAGCCGGCCUGGGUACAGCCUGCCGCCGCUCCGUUAGCUUCCCUCCCUUUGGCUCCCGCUUCUGCUCCGAACGCGGCGGUUCCCAUCACUGCCACGGCUCCCAUCCUCGCCCCGGUCCCCAAAGCAUUUUCUGCUCCCUCAUCGCUCGUCCGGUCAUUUGAGGCGGAAGGAGAGGAGGAGGUUGACGGGUCGGAGCACGACCAGGUGUCGGUCGGCUCGGCUGGCUCGGCGGAUGUCGUCAUCCCCAACCUGAACGGAGGAGGAAGGGGGUACGUUCCGGGUCAGACCCCGGACGACCCGAAGAAGCGGCACAAGUGCAACACUUGUGGCCGAGCAUUUGCAAGGGCUUUCAAUCUCAAGUCCCACGCCCAGACCCACAAUCCCGUUCGGGCCAAACCCCACCAGUGCCCCCACUCUACCUGCAAGCGCGGCUUCUCCCGCUUGCACGACCUCGAGCGCCACCGUCAAGGCAUCCACAAUGACGGUCCCCUCGUGUCCGCCAAGACUUCCGGCGUCUCGCCUUCCACCGUCCGCGCUCAGGCGAGGAUGGUGAAGGCUGGUUCGUCGGAGCACAGUCUCUAA